AUGUACCCGGGAGAAAGACUAGGCUUUCUGGAUUGCACUGCCGAGGAGCAUCAUCCCCUGUAUCGAAACGAGCACGCUUCUCACGAGGGCGUCCAGCACCAAUGUCCAUCCUGUCCAGCGACCUUUGGCUAUAAGACGGUUGCCGAGCGCCACUUCAAGGUCAUCCACCAGGGCGUACGGCAUAAGUGCCCAGAGUGCAUUGGAACUUUCAAUUUCACGGGGUCUGUCGCCAGACAUUUCGAUACCGCCCAUCUACACAAACGGUAUAAAAGUUCAGACCCUCGCUGUGUCGCGAGCCCCAAUUCGCUGAAAGUUCACCACGACGCGGUCCACAAGGGUGACCGCUUCUACUGCAGGCGGCCCAUCUGCGACAAUGAGACCCCGUACAAGACUUCAAAGGCUCGAAACGCCAACGAGAAAAGCCAUGAUGGCGUCCGCUAUCAAUGUCGUUACUGCCCCCAGCAGUAUGCGCAUACUAAAAGCAGGAGUUGUCACGAGCUCAAGGAGCACCGGUAA